AGUGUUGUGAACACUUUAAGGGAGGUUUGUUCCCUUGGUUGUACGAAGGAAGGGCAUAUNCCCCCCCCCCACGGUAGUCUUCUUCGCCGCCGGCAACUAUGGCCGAAGUCUCUUCCGUCACUUCUGACAACUACACCUCCUCUAAAUCUCCCCACCUUGCCUUCACAACAAUCUCCAAUAUCAAGCUUCAUAUUCCUGUUCAGCUUAGCAUCUCUAAACCCAACUACAAAAAGUGGAGUCGACUCUUUCGUCUCCUUGUCCUCCGCUUCAAUCUCAUGGGAUAUCUCGACGGUACCACCGUCGCCUCUUCCAAAGACGACACCGAAUGGUUUCAAUUUGAUGCCCUUCUUCAAGGAUGGAUUCUAUCCACAGUCUCUAAUGAAGUCUCAGAUCUGGUUCUUGCCAGCAGCCCCUCUGCUUCUGCUUUGUGGACGGCGAUCUACAAACUUUUUCAUGAUAAUAAACAUGGAUAUGCUCGAGCGAUGCACUUGGAGCACCGGUUCCAAACAACCGUCAAAGGCAAUCGGUCCAUCAAUGACUAUUGCCAUCUCCUCAAAAAUCUGGCAGACUACCUCGACGACGUGGAUGCCCCGGUGACCGAACAUGCGCUUGUUUUACAGGUUCUUCAGGGCUUGCCUCACGACAUCCAGGGCCAAGUGCACUUCUUACAAUAUCAGAACCCCUUCCCGACGUUCAUGGAGCAUGGACCAUUUUUGUUCCCCUUCAAGCUCGCCAAGGGCCACAAGGACUCGGCCUCCUACGCCACUCUUUCCCAGCGGUCGAGCAAACUCUUUACCAGCGACAAGAAGGGCUCGACCAAGGAUUGGAAACCCUUCUUUGUCUUUGUUUCCACGGGGCCCGAAUCUCCUUUCACGGGUUCUGGGCACCCAUCAUUUCGUUGUGUCGCGCCUCCGCCGCCCAACACCGCACUUCUGUCCAUCACAAGAAAGCUCUGCGAAGGGGGCGCCGUCGAGAUUAGAUCGGUGGUCACCGAGGAAUCUCUCGCCAAGCUUGGGUUUGAGUUCAUCGGGGACAAACAUCGCCACCAGCCAAACUUGCUGAGGGAUCUCCACGGAAGAAACAACGAUUUCGGUCCCUUUAGUAAGUCCUCCCUCCCUUUGACUGAGUAUUUCGACAUUACCAUUUGUAUGCUAACCGCCUUGUAUGUUUCAGUUAGGGAUCAAAAGGAUGAGGUGAAAAAGGCGGUCGAGGCCGAGAAGAAGGAGCUGCGGGACGGGGUCGCUUGCCUCGCAAAGGAGCUAUUGGAGGAGAAGAGCCGCAACUCUAACCUUGCGAGGGAGCUGCUGGAAGAAAAGAGUCGCAGCUCCAACCUCGAGAGGGAGCAUCGCGGCCUGCAAGGGUUGGUUGGGGAAGCGAAGAAAUCCUUCCGCUGUGGACUCUUUCGGGCCCAGCAAGUCUUCCGCAGCAAGCUGGCCCUGCUCCCCAAAGGGACUUCUCUUCCUAACUUCGCCCUCCCUCCCCAUUGCAACAACAUUAACGAGUUUGAUCCCACUCCCUACAUGGAGGAGGAUGAUUAUGAUGAUUCUGAAGGAGGGGAUGAGAUGACUGCCCCCUGCGACCAAGGCGAGCAGGGCAACCAGGAAGAGGGUAUCACCUUUUCGGUGACGAAGGUGGGUGAGGGCACCAGUUCCAACGCAUGAUCGGCCUCCCCUUUCCCUUUCACUUGUAUUUCUAUUCCAUGAUUCCUUGUAAAAACUCUUAAGUACUUAUACACUUUGUUUUCUCAAUUCUUGAUCGCUGUUGAGGCUUUAAUCUGUUUCGAACUUCGUUUCUUUUUUUUUGUUUUGGUCCGCUUUAGGCUGGGAACAGGCCUAAACCUAGGCCCAACUUCCAUUCUAGCCCAUUUGUACGGCAAGCCCAAUUCAAUGAUUAGUUGAACGUGUAACACCCUAAUCCGUCCAGGUCUGCAGCCCCUUUCGGACUAAAGUAUUAACUUGGUA